AUGGGUAACCCUAAUCUUGAACCGUAUGAUGUGAAGAAAUUACGAGAAAAAUAUUCACCAGAACGAAAUGUCCCACCACCACAAAGAGGCCCAUCAAGAGAAGCACUUAAACAAUAUAAGGUAUUUGCUACACAUCCACAAAGAUUAGGAGAUCAAACACCACAAUUGAAGAAUCCAUCAUCAAACGAUGACUUAAAUGUGAAAAACUCCCACGUUACAAAACCACUCCCUCAUGUGUCUCUCUCACUUCCAACACGUUCACGUGAUUCGCUUUCGCCAACCAGAAGGAGUGGAUCACCGAUUAGAAGACAACAAAUAUCAGAAUUUGAAGAAAGAUCAAGACUGCCCAUAAGGAAAAAACAAAAGGUAGAAGAAGAAACUGAUAAACGGGUUCAAUUCAAUGAAAAAGUCAACUAUAACGACACUUUGACUACAACUCCAUUAAAUGAUAUAGACGUGAGAUUUCAACAAUUGAGUGAUAGGUUGGAAUUAAAAUUACAGAAAUUUAUGGAUACAGUAAACGAACGCUUAGAUGCCCUUGAACGACGGAAAUGAUUAAAUAAAUCAAUUAAAAUAAUUACAUGAC